GAGGAAAAGGAAAAUUGGAGAAGAAAAUGAUAAGGGAUGAGUGGAUGGCAAAGGGCCAAGGGUGAAUGGUUGCAUUAUAGUAUUUUGUAUGCAGAAUUGGAGAAUUGUGUGAAUCAAAAAGCCAUGGCCACUGUUGCAUUAAGUGGGUGCUUCACUGCUAACCCUAAUAACAGACCCAAAGUGAAGAAUAGGUAUAAAGUGGUGGGCCGCAACUCUAUCUCUUUUACUUCACUGAAGUCCCAAACCCAAACCGAAAGAGCACUCCGAAUCGUGAUAAGAGCUUCGACGGAACCUCACGGCGGCGUGAUGGCCAUUGAGAAAGGCGGAAUCAAGAUCAUCACCGACCCUCCCGAGUCCAAACUCUCUGAGUUGGGAGUCAGAUCUUGGCCCAAGUGGGGAUGCCCUCCGAGCAAAUUCCCAUGGACAUACUCUUCCAAGGAGACGUGCUAUCUGCUGAAGGGGAAGGUGAAAGUGUACCCGGACGGAUCAAAUGAAGGUGUUGAAAUUGGGGCGGGCGACUUGGUCGAGUUCCCAAAGGGCAUGAGCUGCACUUGGGAUGUAUCUGAAGAGGUUGACAAGCAUUAUAAGUUCGAAUGAACCUUUAGGUAUUAUCCCUCCCUCUCUACAAACAGGAUUGUUAUUGUUUUGUGUAAUAAACAAGAUUGUUACUGCUGUCAAGUUUUGAACUUUGGUCUCUUCUCUCAAAUACUGCCUACUGAAUCAAUGAGCUAAGUCUGUGCUGUUACACUGUUCUCUCAAA